AUGUCUUUAUCAAGACCGGAACCCUUAAGUCCACCACCACCUUUCUCAGAUAUCGAACAUGCUAAUAAUUCCAUAUUUGUGGGCUCUCAGAAUGUGGAUGAACAAGAUCAAGCUCCAGCAUAUUCGUUCUAUCCCUCAACAUCUGGUUCAUACUUUGAGCUUAAAACGAUCGGGAAACAAUUAAAUAGGAAGGAUAAAUAUUUAUGCGGGGACAUACUUGAUAAUCGAUACUUUUUAUUGGGUUCGAAUACUGGACUAGAAUUCAUUGAUUUAUCCCUUCCAUCCGAACAACAAAUACCAGAAAAACUUAUUGAAGCUGUACGAUUCAAACAAAUAGUAAUUUUGAUAACUCAAAGAUAUAGUGCACUAAUUGCAUUGGCCGGGAAAAAUAAUCAUAUCAGAACUUAUAACUUGAGUAAUUUAAGAUUGUUAAUAAAAAGUAAGCUAAUUUCACGGACACCAAGAAUGCCAAAAACGCCAAGAACUCCUAGCAUCCAUGGAAGAGCUAGGUCAGUGGAUUCUAUAUUCGAACCCGAUUUCAUUCCAGAUCGUCCUUAUUCUUCAACUCCAACAUUGAGACGUUCUUUUACAUUAGAGGCAUUAAAUACCACGUCAAACAAUACUUUUCCAGAUGCUAAUUCGUCUUCAUUAUCGCAAUUUCCUGUAUCAAACGCCACCCCUACUGUAUCAUCUGUUUCUCCUAGUCAAGAUACAAAUCUCACAUGUAGAAAUGAAGGUUCUACAUCUUCUUUAACUUGUCCUUCACAUACGAAUCCUUCAAUGACCUCUAAUAGACGUAAUUUUAGCCAUCAGAAUCCAUUAUCAUUGACAAUAAAUUCGAAUUUAUCUACAGAUGUUCAUAAUGCAAAAUUUUCUGCUCAAUGGACGCUCGAUUAUUCAAAAUUGCCAAGUACAAAAAUGGCUCUAUCAUUUGUAACACGUAGUGGUCCGACUAGAACAUAUUUAACUGUGCUGUCAAAGCAAAAUAUAUUUCUGUUUGAACUAGAUUUUGGGGAUGUAAAUCGAAAGCCAGAAUUCGUACACACUAGAACAUAUUGGUUACCUCAAACUCCCAAAUUUCUCCAAUUGUGCAUGUACGAAGAUCAUUUGGUGGAUAUUGUAGCCGUAUUUCAUACAGAGGUAAUAUUAAUUGGUGUUGAUGAUGCAAGAGUUCGUGAGGUCUCCAUUGAUCCACAAUUACAACCAGUGUCACAACACUUAAUUUCAUUACCUUCGUUCAUUCAUACUUCGCAAUGGCAAACUUUCUCUCAACUUCCAUGGAUUCCAACUUUAAAUCCCGAAUUCGUAUCCGAUAAUUUCACAAUUCCACCACCUUAUGAUUCCACAAUUAAUGCAGAUCCUUCAACAAUGUUAAAUCCUAUACCAAUAUUUGAGACUAGUAGCAUAGAUUCAUUACAAGUUACUGGCGAACCGUACUCUUUGUUUUUCGCAACGUUUGGAUCAAAAUCUAUGAUCGUAGAUUCAAAAGGGAGACCAUUUUCUACUGUUGUAUUUCAAUGGACUUUUACUCCAUUACAUGUGGAAUUUUUGAAGUCAAAUCAAGCCGGUGGUGAAUCUUUCGUUGUUGGAUUUGGUAAAAAUAUGAUAGAAAUAAGAAGUAUCAAUAACGGAAGAAUUGUAGAGAACGUUGUCAGAGGAGUUGAUGUACAAUAUUUGAGUAAAGGAUUAGAUGGGAAGG